AUGAGGCAGGGAGGGUAUGGAGGUGUUGGCUUGUGUGGAGGCAAGAUUUUCCCGAUGGCUUUUUGGGGAUGAAAGAAAGACUUUUUGGGAGUCUGGAGAGGGAGAAAGGGGGAUGUUGGCACCAGUGACGGAUGCCUUUGGGCUGGGAAGAAAUCUGGUCGGUGAGGCAUGGGGUCAGUCUUGGGGUUGGGGAAUGUCUUGGGGUCAUGGCACAGUCAGUGGGAGGCCACGUGGAUGCUGUUCCCAAAUUUUGGGAACCGGGAAGGGGGGGCCGCUGGGUGCUGACACGGGCAGUGUCAACAGGGAUGCUCUUGGGGGCAAGGGGCUCACUGUGAGCCCCCCAGGGAUGCUGCCCAGCACCGGGCUCAGCCUCAGGGCCUGGUGUGGCAUGAGACAGGAGGGAGGGGAAGGGAGGGGAGGGGAGGGGAGGGCAGGGGGCUUCUCUGGCAGCCCCCAGCCCUGGCGGAGGCGCAGCUGCCGGCUGUCAUCUCCCGGCGGGGCUGCAACCCAACGCCACCGUGCCCCGGAGGAGCACCGGGGCUCGCAGCCGCUCCCCCAACGUAACCCGAGGCGCAGCCCCGGCUGGGGGGGGGGGUUCCAUGGGGGAGGGCGUGGGUCUAUGGGGGGCGGCCCCGCAUCCCCCGAGCCCGGGCUGGGGGCUCGGGGCUCCGCACAGGUGCGGUGCUCCCCCGUGCGCAAACAGCGGGCGGGAGGGGCGGCCCCCUGCCGCCGGUGCUGGGCGGCGGAGCGGGGAUGCGGCGCCCUCCUCCCGCCCUUCCUCCUCCUCCUCCUCCUCCUCCUCCCGCCGGCAGCAUGAGCCCGGCCUUCCUCCUCCUCCUCCUCCUCCUGCCCGCCCGAGCCCGGCGGGAGCGGCUGCCCGGCGGGGCGCAGGCGGGACGCAGCGCCCCCGCUCCUUCCUCCUCCUCCUCCUCCACCUCUUCCUCCUGGGCCGCGGGGCCGAGCCGCUUCCCUCGGAGCCGCCCGGGGCGGCGGCGGGGCCGGCUGUACUGCCGGGUGGGCAUCGGCUUCCACUUGCAGCUGCACCCCGACGGCCGGGUGGACGGCGCCCACGACGCCAGCCCGCUCAGUAUUUUGGAAAUAUUUGCUGUGUCUCAGGGGAUUGUAGGAAUACGAGGAGUUUUCAGCAACAAAUUUUUAGCGAUGUCAAAAAAAGGAAAACUCCAUGCAAGUGCACGUUUCACAUCCGAGUGCCAGUUCCGGGAGCGCUUCCAGGAGAACAGCUACAACACCUAUGCCUCAGCCGUGCACCGCGGCCGGCGCUCGGGCCGCGAGUGGUACGUGGCCCUCAACAAGCGGGGCAAGGCCAAGCGGGGCUGCAGCCCCCGCGCCCGCCCCCAGCAUGUCUCCACGCACUUCUUGCCCCGUUUCCGACAGCCCCCCCCACCGCAGCUGGCCUUCACCGUCACCCGGCCCGAGAAAAAGCCGCCGCCUCCGCCACCACCACCAAAGAAAAUGGCAGCGGCCACCCCGCCACGGCAGAGCCAGGGCCCUGUCAAGUACCGGCUGAAGUUCCGCUUCGGAUAGCUGCACCGCGAGGAGGCUGCGGGGGAUUUUUGGGGAGGAGAGGAGCCUGGUACCCCCACUUGUUCCCAGAUGGGACAGAUGUGGGGACACUGCCGGUGGCUGAGGGACGGAUCGGAGCGGGCGCUGCUGCUGUGGAUGGGGAGUGAGGCGCAGGCGUUGCUCUGCUGCUGCUGAGGGAAGCCAUGAGGGGCCUCCGCCUCGGACAUGUUUUCUUGCACUGUUUUCGCUGGUGAUGCUGUCGACAAUCAUUUUCGUACAAGAGUUACGUCCAGAGCCAACCUCUCAAGUGCCGGAGGGUUUUCAAACUGUGUUGGCAAUAAUAUAUCUCUCUGUAAAGGCUGUUAAGGGGAGGAUGGCCAUUUGCUGACAUGCAGCCCCGCGGAUACACUGAUCAGAGUUUGUCUGCACACACCUGGAAAACGUUUAUGCUGAACCUGUGGGGAACCAUAAAACCUCUGCUCUCCUACCAGGGCCUCACUCUGCACUUCGUUAAUUAAUUUAAAUGUGAUGGUGGUAUUGUAAGGAAGAGCUUGGUGUGGCAGCACUGGCGGUGAAGCUGUUGCAGGUUAAUGUGAGGAGGAUGGGCUGAAAACCCCUCCUGGUCCCAGAUGGGUUUGCUGGUCAGAAGGAGGCUGACAAGGUGAAAAUAAAUGGGUAAAUACCUCUGUUAAACUAAAAGCGGUCUGUAGCUGACUUGAAAGAGUUUUAAGCAAUAAAGGUAACUUUUUGAGUGUGUCAA